AUGCCAAACACGGGGAAACCAAGUAAAGAUUGCCAUCUCUGCCGCUCACGGCGUGUCAAGUGUGAUCUCGGUCGUCCCUCUUGCCAAAGGUGUAUCAAGUAUGGAAAAGAGUGUCCGGGUUAUCGAGAUGAGCAAGAGCUCGUCUUUCGCAAUGCCAACCCAUUUUCUAUCAAAAAGAGGAAAAAGAGGACUCAACCAAAGACUCAUGGCGAGUCGGUCAUGUCAUUUGACACACCUUCUUCUUCAUCUUCAUCUUCAUUUUCAUCAAAUGGGGAUGCCAUCACCCCUAGGACUAUAACAGAGGAUGACCAUGCACUAAGCCCUGCCUCGCCAAACAUACUUGAUCUUGUCGAAUACACUCAGACGGGAGGGUCUCUCGUUAUCCCUCAGUCCCUCAACGAGCACUGGACUUCUCAUUCUAUUCCUAUUCUUCUUAAUGUUUACUAUACCUUGGAUUUUCUGCAUGACACUUACAAGAAAAGUGGCCCUCAGGGUCCUCUUCUCUGGGCUACACACCUCUUUGCUCGCACUUACAUCACUAAUCUACGAUACCCAACUGCCAUCGAUAAUGGUUCUGUCGAGCAGACCGAUAAAGAGCUGGGCACUUAUCUGGGAAAGACUCUCAGUUCUGUCAGCGCGGCGCUAAAGACGCCAGAUGGUCCUAUGAGAGACGAUGUUCUUGCAACAGUGUGGAUUUUGACAAACUACGAGCUUCUCAUGGGUUCCAUCAACCGUAUAUCACCACAGAGCCCUUGGCACCUUCAUACGAAUGGGCUGUACAGUAUCCUCAAACAGAGGGGGGCAGCCUCUUUGCGGGAUGGAGGCAACAGAAUGGGCUUCUGGCCUGCUUACAACAUGGUGCAAGUACGGUGUCUGCUCACAACCCUUGAGUGUCCACCAGAAUCCAAAGAAUGGUUUGAAGCCAUCAAAGAGACGAUUCACCCUGGAGAGGGGCUGGCCGUUGAGGUUGGCGAGUACAUCUGUAAGAUGGCACAUGUUCAAAAGCGCAUGCUCGAUAUUGUUCGGGCUCGAGACUUUGAUGCCGCUGCCGCCGAGUAUCAUGACCUUGUCGCCAUCAUAUUCAAAGCCGAAGAUCAUUUCACCACUUUUGACGCAAGUUAUCAUUAUAUCGACGAGGUCUUCAACCCCUACCUACGAAACAUGCUCAACUCGGCACGCGUUAAGGGAUACCAUGUCAUCCUGACCUUUGCGAAUUUCCUAUCCCAUCACUCUGCCACUCCCGUCCCCCCAGAUGAGCUUAAAGUACUACGGGCACAUUGCGUCUGGCGUGUCAGAGACGGGGCAAAGGAUGUAAUGAAGGCCGUACAGCGACACCUCGACCCGGCGUCUUUUCGUAACAAUCCAUCUCCAAGGACAGUAUUUGACGCUCUGAAACUGAUCUGGCCUUUGACGGCCGUCUACCUCGUCCCUUCAACUCUUCCCGAGCAGAGUGAGGCUGCAGGGGUAGCUUUGCAGUUUAUUGGGAGCGAACUUGGAGUGAGACAGGGUCUCAAGGUGAACCGAGGAGAAUCUAAAUUACCACCAGAGGCAGAGGUACCCUCCAGACUGGUUGAAGACGAUACCUUUGAUCCGUUACCACAAAGCAGAGGCAUAAUGUGA